CUCUCUCUCCUUUUUUUUUCUUUUUGUUUUAUUAUGGCGAUUAUUAUCCCAGUCCUUUUAUUUCUUGCGGCGGAGCCCCUCGCCCCCCCGAGACACACGCACAGUCACUCACUCACACACACGCACGCACAUGCAGCACACGCACCGCCCCGCAGCCGCCCGCCCGUCUGGGAGCGCCGCCGCCGCUCCGCUUCAUCUAGCCCAGGGCGGCCGGCGCAUGCGCCCAUCCAUAUGCAUGAGGGGGACAGCAGGAGGAGGGAGCAGAGGAGGGGAAUGGCACGGGCAGGGGACGGCAGGUACCGGCGGGAGGAGGCGGUGGCGGCGGCGAUGGAGGCAGCCGCGGGUCCGCGGCUCCCCCGCCUGAGGGAGGCGGCGCGCUCCGGCCGCCCCGAGCCUCCGUCCCUCGGGAAGCGCCGCUCCGCAGGUGCUUCCAGCGCGACCUGGAGCAGGAGGAGCCGCGCUGAGGCGGCCCCGGCGCUCCCUCAGCGGCGCUCCCGGCUGAGGGCUUUUCCCGCCCCGCCGCUCGCUGAGGGGACGCGCGGGUCCUGCCCGCACGGCAGCCGCUGCCCGGUCCUCCUCGCCUCCUCGGCGCUGGUGGAAGGAAGAAGGAAGCAUUUUGGGGGACACUUUUUGCGGUGUGAAACCUUUCCCCUGUCAGCGGCCGGCGGCGGCCGCCUGCCCUUCUCGCCCUUCGGUGGCCGAGGCGGGGCGGGCCGGGGGCGCUGCCGGAGCGGCGGUGCGCCCUGAGGGGACGCUCAGGUAGCCCCGGCCGGCGCUGCCCUGAGGGAAGCGAGGCGGCAGUCGCCACCGUGCGACUCGUGCCCGCCUCAACACGAGGCCGCGCCGCCGAGGGCCUGCCGCGCUCCAGGGGAGGAAAGAUCCCUCGGCUGAUCAGUGCCGGCAGCGCAGUGCUGGCAGAGUGCCGACACCAUCAGAGACCCUGUGCCCGCGCUGCAGAGCCUCAUCCCAGUUUUCAGGUUUUCAAGCACAGGGGAAAUGAUUUUCUCUUCAAUUGCUCCUGAUCUCAGCCCUGAGGCUGGACCACUCCAGGUGGGGUGAAGGACAUCCCUUAUUUGUGGCACUGUGGCAGCAGGACAGCUUGGUGAAGACCUGAAAGCAAAGGAGCCUGGCUGUAGAAUUGGACCCUUAAAACCAAUUAACUUCUUUGAAGCACGGGCACCAUGCAGUGAGUGAUGAUCCCAGCCCGUCACUGCUCCUCUUGUCCAGCCACCAGCAGCUCCAUCCCUUUCCCGUGGAGCCUGUGCAGUGCCAGGGCUCGCCCAUCGUUGCUGGGCAGAUGUGUGUGGCUGCCUGACCAGAGAGUUUGUCUCCCAGUCUUCACUUGGGUAAGUACCUUGUCUCCCAAUACUUCUGUUGCAUCAAGCUGAAC